UGUCUCCUUUGAGAUGAAUUUUCAUCUCUUUGAUCGAUCGUGUGAUUUGUAACAAAAUAGAAUUUCCAUGCUGCAUUUACAUUCCUGUUUUAAUAUUUAGGUGUAUGAGAAGUGAGAUGAUUAUCUUAAUUAGUGAUUACUACUAUAAUCAAUGGAAUUGAUAAUCUAAUCUAGCACACUUUAUUAGUACUUGUACUUAACCGACCAGGAACACCAACACGUGUCUCAUUUCACCAACUGGUCUCUAUCUAUCUAAUAGUACAUUUUCUCCAACGCAUCAUCAAAUUCAAUAUCUGAAUUCUGAAACUUCCAUUCCCUUUUGAAGUGAGAGAAAAUGGGAAGAAUCUUUGUGGUUGAGCUGGAGGGCAGGUCCUAUAGAUGCAAAUUCUGCAGAACUCAUUUGGCCCUUGCUGAUGAUCUCAUUUCUCGGGCGUUUCAUUGUCGGAGGGGGAACGCAUACCUAUUCAGUAAAGCGUUUAUGCCUUCAGUAAAUGAUGUACCUAGGGAAGUGAAGCCAAUAACUUUAUUUGCUCACUAUUCAAACAGCGUGAACACCACAACUGGAACACCGGUGGAAAGGAUGAUGCUUUCAGGAUUGCACACUGUGACAGAUAUCUUUUGUUGUUGCUGUGGUCAAAUUGUUGGCUGGAAAUAUGAAUCUGCACAUGAGAAGAGUCAGAAGUAUAAGGAAGGGAAGUUUGUUCUUGAAAGAGGAAGGAUUGUUGACGAUGUUGAUUCCUCAACGGAGUUUUAUAUCGAUAGUCAUGUCAGCAUGAGUGAUGGCGAAGAUGCUUAGCAUCUUGAAACCUUGUGGAGUAACUUAUUGGAUCUUGAGAAAAGAUAUUGCUCUUCCUCUAUACAUGAACAAUGAUAAUAACGGCGACCAGAGAAAAUGCUUAGAAUCAAAGAAGUUUUCUUUUAGUUUUUUCCUUUUGUUUAUAUGACAAAAGAGAAAUCUCAAUGGUGUAUAAACAGUGUUGAAGGAAUGAGAUGGAACAGUUUUUUUAGAUUUGCAGCAAAAUCUUUAGAAAGGACUUGUUUAGAAUCUUUCUCAUGUUUAAAAUGAUAACCCUACUCAUUGGGCUUUCAAUGAAUAUGGUUAUCAUUCUAAACGUUUAGAAUCCAGUUGGGUGACAAUGUUCUAGAAAGAAAUCUUUCUCUAAAA